UGCUAUUUAUAGUGAUAUAAUAUACUACCUGAUCUUUUUCAGUGUUAGAGAUAUAAAUAAAAAUGUCAUCAGAUACAACUUUUGAUGCAGAUUUGAAGAAAGCUUUUCAAGAGCUUCAAGCUAAAGUUAUAACAACAACACAACAAGUAAAAUUAGCAGAAGCGCAGAUGGCUCAACUGAGUAGGAACAUAACUCAUGCAAAGUUGACAGAUCAGGAACUCUCUUCUUUGCCUGAAAAUACAAGGACAUACCAAGCUGUAGGACGCAUGUUUUUGUUAGAACCCAUUGAUCAAGUACGUUCUGAUUUAAAAAAGAAAAUUGGAGAUGGUGAAGCAAAAAUAAAAACAAUUGAACAAAAUAAAGAGUACUUGCAAAAGAGUGUAAAAGAUCAUGAAAAUAGCAUCCGAGAAAUGUUAUCAGCAAGACGUUGAAAAACUUGAAAUAUAUAUUUCACAAGAAUAAAUCAUAUAUGAAAAGUUGUAAA